UGGAAGGUCGCGCGAGGUUACCAUUAGCCGUCAUACGUACAACGGUGCGAUGAUACGCUUGUAGUGUUAUUGUGUGCUAAUAACAACAAAAACGACACGGGAAGCAGUAUCGCUAGUUGUUGCCCAUUUAGCGCUCUCAUACUGUCGCUGCUGUAAGACAGUUAGUAGACGACGAUGCAGCUCGUGCGGCAUAGGUACCAUCUCAUACAACGGAUACGGCUUCCUUUUCUAACGUUGUCGCGCGACUGUUGAUUGGGUCGUCUUUGACGUGGUGGAGAAACAGUAGAAGCGAAAAAACGACAAGCGAAUCAAGGGGCAACCAGAUUAGUUUGCAGUGAUCACGACGACGAUAGCAUUUCCAAUAAUGAGUGUGGUGAUUCCGUUGAUAAUGAUUAUCAUGACGAUGAGUCCGUGUGCACCGAUUGCAGAUGCGCGGAGGAAGAAGAUACGCGGUACUAUAGUGGCGACUGCUGUAACUGACAACUGAUUGGGUGAUCGUUACCUGCAAACAUCCAACCUCCGCUAUGAUCGACCAACCCCCCAAAAGCGCUACCAUUCCCAUGUGCGUUUAACAAUAGUUGCUUCGAACAGUUCAGCAGGGUAGCGUUAGUUGAAAUGAUCAUGACUAAGAGCACAAGUUUCCAUUGUUACUAGGUAUUAAACAAAUAUUGCUUGCCUAUAUUCAUCCGCUGGCUUGACCCAUAAGUGAAAACUUCAGCAGCCUCCUGACACAGUCUUCCUCCGGGCCAAGUGUGCCUCGAAAAUCUUCGUCAAUAACCAGUGUGUGCUAAUGGCACUAGCAUACGUGAUGCUCAUCAAGUGAUCGGAUUAUCGUACUUAAUACCAUGACAUGCGACACCUAUGGAUACGGAUUAGCCUAUAAAAGGAGAGUCUAGUUAGGAAAAGUAUUUUCCUCAGAAUGCUUAUAGCUCAGAACUUUAGCAAGUUAAGUGUUGCUUGUGGCUGAAUGACCUAUGCUCCGCAUGAAUUCUACGACGAACCAUUUAAAGUGGGCCAGGCUCGGUGAUACGGCGUGUAUGGAAAGCUAAGAAAAACUUCAAUGUAAAGGCGAAGCAAAUGUAAUGGCCCAAUGGCCUCGAUAAGGAGUCGCGUCACAAGUCGUGUAUUUGUAGAACCUGAAAGCGGCCAUACGCACUAUUCUACGGUCAUCAGGCUCGAUCCGUCCUAUUCUACUGGAACUGCCUCCACUAUCGAUUCAGGAUCAAUCUAUAGCGACUCGUACGGGCGUUCGCUCAUUCGGCGACCCUAUUCGAGGAUGAAUACUUUACAAAACAAAGGAGCGGGGGGUCGUGGCUUGAAUCCGCGGCCGGAUCCCGUCGAGUCGUUAGGCACAUUCGGUAAAUGGCAUUUCCUUAUACUCGUCUACACUAUCGUACUCGGAUUAGUCGUAGCUUUUCAGGACACCGUCGGAUUAGACUUCCUCGCCCCGCGAAACAUCGCCUACCAGUGUGAUUACUUCGGCAAUGGUUCGACAAUAACCAGCGUCCAGACCCGCUCGGAUCUUUUGGACUCGAUACGGUUACGCGACGAUGAGCGUCGUCUGGUCGAGAGGUGUUUCACUAGAGACUUCGAUGUUAGGAACGGGUCUGAGCUGUUGCCCAGUUUUGAGUCAUCUGGUUCAGGCGGUAAUGCUACUGAAGUGCUCGUAGUUGAUCCGAACUCAUCGAAACCUUGUCGAAAGUGGGUAUUCCCACAGGAUGUCCAUAAGCGAACUAUGAUUGAAGAGUGGGAGUUAGUCUGCGACGAUUCAUGGCUGUCGUUGUUCCCACGGGGCGCACAUCUCGCUGGUCUUCUUUGUGGCGCUCUAUUUUGGGCGCUUUUAGCCGACCGCUGGGGUCGAGUUCCAUCGAUCGCGUUGGCCAACGUCCUGCACGUCGGGGCGUCGGUGGCGGCUGCAUUCGCUCCGUCAUGGGAAUAUUUCGCCCUUGCGAAAGCUGGAUCGUCGUUCGGUCUUGGAGGGAUGCUCAUCGCGUUUAUUCUGCAAUUGGAGACUUUGGUUGCCCACAUGCGCUGUUGGGUUGUAGCCGGUAUGUUCCUGAGUUGGUCAUUGGGUCUCGUGGCGCUGCCAGCGUCCGCCCUGUGGCUCUCACCUAAUUGGCGUUACCUUCAACUGGCGAUCACCGCCUUUUCUGUUGUGCUCCUUCCUCUAUUGCUAUUCUUCCGUGAAAGUCCUCGAUGGCUUCUGACAUCAGGCCGUUACGAGCGCGCGGAGAAGUGUAUAACUGCUAUUGCCAGUAUCAAUGGCAAGGUGUUCUCAGAGAUGGAUGCAAUGCACCUGCGUCAGAGCUACCUCGAUCAUGAGACUCUUUACGGUGGCGCUAUCGGUGAUUUCCGACGAGAUAGUGGUGGCAUGAAACAACGCAGUAUGUUCGAACCCAGUGUUCGCUGCAAUACCAUCUGCACGUUCAUCAUUAUGGCUAUUCUUGGCUACCUGUUGUACCUGGGUAAGUCUCCAACGCAGACAGUCGCCGAUCCCUAUGGCUAUAUGGCGCACCCUCGUGAUAACCUGUUUUGGGGCUAUGUCGUCUGGUGCGUAACGGAAGUGACUGCUGCAGUGUUCGCCAUGUACGCGCUACGGUUCUGGAGCAGAAAGUGGACUGCGAUAUUCUGCUACUUACUGUUGGCGUGUAUUUAUGCAGCCACUUAUCUCGUGCCUCAAUAUAUUGGUGAUCAUGUCUGGUAUGGGGCAGGUUUAGCAAUGGCUGAUCGCUUUGUGGCAUCAACUAUUCUUGCCAUCGUAUCGAUCUAUUGUGAUGAGGUGUUUCCGACAACUGUUCGAGCAUUAGGCUCCGCAAGUAAGCAUGUCUGCUUCCGCUUUGCCCUUCUCGCUGAGCCUUUGUUUCGUGAUAUGAUGCCAACGGACGAUCUGCCUGAGGCUAGCCCUGUCAUUAAUGGUACCCUAUGCCUUCUCUCGAUUCUUUUGCUGAUCAUUUUACCCGAGACAUACAACAAACCACUGGCAGACACCGCUUAUGACGUUUCAACGCUCAGAAGAGCUUCAAAGCAGAGCCAGUCUACGACUUUGAAGAAAGUCAUCAUCAGUGAAAUCGGCUCCGGCACCACGGCAAGGAACAACAACAACACCCACAAGAACUCGAAGAACAUAGACAACAAAAGAUCAACGGUUAAUAAAUAUCAUAAAAAAAUGGGGUCGCCGGUACUUGCACAAAUGCCGCGUACUCGAAAACCGCGUCUUCUUGAAAGGGGCACCGCCACAACUUCGUUCAUGUACGACAAUCUGGAUUUCACGCACACCAAAUUCUAGUGUGAGCUGAAUUCUAUAUAAAAAAAAAAAUGUAAUAGAACAAGCUAGAACAUAUCAUUUCUACCUAUAAUAUAUAUAUAUUACAGGUAGAAAUAUAUAUAUUAUCACCACAACCAAAUACGACAGAGACUACCAACGUACAGCCAAUCUUUAUUCAUCGCGCUAGAACAUGGCAUCAACGCUUUAUCGAUUUCGAAGUGUAUUAUAUACGUCCCAUAGCUUUUUAGCACUAUCUUAAAGGCCAACAAGCUAUUAAUAAAACUACGUGAUAAUAUGUAAAGCAUCCAUUCACGUAAAAUGUUCACGACCGGUGAAACGUCGAAGAGAAUACAAGAAACGUUCUGCCUAUACAAAAUGAGGAUCAGUGAGGUUCAGGCGCGUCACCAACCUUCCGAUUUGAUUGUUGUGCUGUAUUAGUAUCAUAUGAUUAGUCCAUUUGUAGGUUGUCGGCACGCACAUACAGAUACGACCGUUGUUGAACACUAAAAUAAGCAAUGAUUCAAUAUACAUAGCAUAUGCAUAUGGACGAUGUGAGGCGCGAUGCGCCCAUUUCGGUUCCUAGUCGCAAAUCAAGUGCCAACAUCUUCACGGCAAAAAAUAAACGGUGAUAACGAUAUUUGUGGCAGAGGUACGUCUGGUCUAGCCGCUGUCACGACCCAUUUACUUUCGACAACAUAAUACACUGUUCAUAGAUCAUCACCUGCGAAUUGCGUUACGUUCGAUGGGGUUCACCUACUAUUGGAGGGGGGCAAAAUAGAAGAGAAAAAAAACAUCCUCUAGAAUAAAUGGUGGACCGCGAGUGUCCGGGCCAUCGGUGUAACGUCAUCAAUCAAAUGAUGCUACUUCCGAUGCCGAACCAGUACAAAUGCUUAUCAGACACAGUAAACCUUGACGCGGUGUCCGUUCAUGCUAGACAACUCAUGCUACCCGCUGGGCACAUAACGUUUCAAACAGCACAUAGCGUUUCAAAUAGAGAAAAUGUCGCCAAUCAUUUAGGAAUUGAUCAUCAACGACGCAUGGGCUAGUAGGUAGGUGUUCGUUCACUGGUUUUUUGCGUCUCCCUUUAACCUGCCAUUAUUGUUCGGAAAUUAUUACUAUUACUAGAUAAUAUUAGUAUGACUGAUAGUAUAUUUGUGUUAGUGACGAAAACUUCAUCGUUUUGAAACAG